UUUCGGCCUAAGUUCAGUUUAUUAGUUCUGCUUCCUUGGGUUUUCCCUCCAAAAAAAAUUUCCCCACCGUUUUCACAUUUUCUUUGAUAUCUCAUUUUGUAGUCCAUUUAUUUGAAUUUGAAUGAAAAUCUGAUUCAUAUUUUCUCCAUAGUUCUGUGUGUUCCCUGAUGUGUGUCUAAUUCGGAUUUUGAAUUGGAAGAAGCUAAAAAUGGAGGAUUAUUUACAGCACAUGAAGACCUUGCGCUCUCAAAUGAACGAUGUGGAGGAUCAAGCGGCGAAGAUAUCAUUUGAAGAACAAUCGCAGAUCACUACAAUCCAAACCAUGGAGAAAGAUCUCAAUUCUGCCAAGGCGGAAGUAAAGCAACUUAAAGAAGAUGUUGAGCAGAUGUUGAAGGCCAAGGGUCAAGUGUGCUCACAGAUAACAGAUAAGCAGAGAAAGAUAGCCUCAUUGGAGUCUGAUAAACUUAAACUAAUCCAGACACUGGAGCUUCUUCAACAAGAGCAAGUGAACGUAUCUGCCAAACUUGCAGAGAAAAGUGCUUACUACAACAAGGUUACAGAAGAUAUUAAUACCAAAUUACAGGAACAAAAGGACUGGGUUGAUUCUAACAAAGCCAGUGGGGAAACGGGACAGCUCAGAUUGGGAAGUCUAGCACUGGAGAAUGAGGCACAGCGGAAUCUGAUGGCUGAGUUGGAAUCUGCUAAAGCUAAGUUCAAUGGGAUUGCAGAGAGAAACUCCAAACUUGAUAUGGAGAACAAAAAGAUGAAGCAGUACCUUGAACAUUUGAGGUGCAAGGCAAAGGAUUUCAAGCCAGAACUGCUGGCAAUGGAUUUAACAAUUCUGGAAGAGGAAUACGAAGCUCUCUUGUUAGAUAAAUCUGGAGAAACAGAGUAUCUACAGUCACUGCAAGGCCAAAUUCAAAAGCUUCAGGGAAUUUCUUGUGUCAUCAAGUGUGGUUGUGGAAAUGAUUACAAGGUAAAAUUGGAUCUGGAUCAUGAUAGCAUGGGAAAUGCAACAUAGCAUAAGGCAAAGGCCUAAAAUCAUGAUUUGGAACACGGACUCUGUACAGGUAUUGUACCACUGAACAAGAAACCAAAUACUUGAAAGUAAUAAUGUAAGUGGACGUCCUACAGUUGCUAUAGUUGUAUAUGCUGCAAUGAAGUAAUCCAAGUAACAUCUUUGAGAGAACUGUAUUGGAUAAUGCUAAGUGCUGAUAGAAUAAAUAUAACUUUUUGCUUUAACAUGGUAAAUCAUCUGAUAUGUUUGCAGCG